AAAAAACAACAAUUCCAAAAUUGUCGAGAUAAGACGAUUGUGAAGAGACAUGGUGUUCCGCGGCGACACAGUGAUGUCCGUAGCGCAUAUAUCGGCGGAUAUUUUUCAGCGAUUACGGUGGAUUCCGCCGUCGGAUCGAAUCAGCAGCGGCGAGAUGUUGCAACUCGUCUGCUGUUUUCCGUAGAGGGGUCUUGGGAUAAAGAAAGGUUUGAUGGAGUCCAGUUCAAGAUUUGUGUAGCCAUUACCAGGGAAGAAAGGUCUCUUCACCUGAAAACGUCGAAGAUUAAAAAGCUUGCAAGUCUUUUGAGCUUUAAAUGAUAGGAUCUCCAAUAUUUGACUCUUCCUUUGAUCUCCAAUAUUUUAUUAUAUAUUUUUAAUAUAAUAAAAUUAUUUCUAUAAUAUAAAUGAGUAUUAUAUUUAUUUUAUAUUAGCUUAAUUUAUGUAUUUAUAUGUUUUAAAUCUGAAUAAACAUUAUAUAUCAUUAAUUUUUUAAUUUUUUAAAAUUUUAAUCUACUAUCAAAUUUGUUUAGCUAAC